CAGAAGACAGCAUAAUCCAUAUUAAGCAAGAGGAAGAGUUGUGUGCUGCAGAUCAGCAGGAGGGGGAGGCUGGAGAAGCUCCUGAAGAGUCCUGCCCGGCAGAGCAAGCGUUUUAUGAGCCUGAGGCUUCAAGUCAGGCCAGGAAAGGCAGGGAGGCGUAUGCCAGGGAGCUGCCAGGCGCAGAGGGCGAGGACCUCCCAAGAGACCCUGACACAGGAUUUCAGACUUACGCAACUGAUGUUUUAUCAUGGAUUAAACAAGAGGAGGAGCCACGCUGCCCUGAACGACAAGACUUGGAGAAAGAAGAAAUCUCUACAGAUCCAAGUACAGUGCAUGAUGAAAACACAAAGAGGGACACUCCAGCAGAUUGCUUUGAAAGCACAGUGUGCGACUCCGAGAUACCAGGAAGACCUGGAGAGAAGUUUUCCAAGGAUCCUAGCCCCGGAGUGACAUGGGACAGUCAGUGGAAUUCAGAAAUGAUGGAAACAAACACCACUGGGAGUGGCCUUGGGGGUGACACUCGGUACGACCGAGGGUUCGGUGAGCACUUAGAUUUCUUUAGCACUCAGGAGGAAAACAGUGUCGGAAAGAGACCAUGCACAUACAACAAAUGUGAGAGAACCUCCAGCCAGCAGGAACAUCUGCAGACUCCCGAGGGAGCCGGAGAAGGGGAGAUGUUUCCAGGCCCCACGUGUGAGAAGAGCCUCAGCGAAAAGGUGUUCCAUCUGCUGCACUCGCAGCCGUGUGCUCCAGGUGAGAAAGGAAUCGGGCAGGGGGCCGCUCCUGCCUCCUGCGAGGGGCUGCCCGCGGGGCUGCAGCUGGUGGCCCGCACCGAGCGCGGACAAAACCCUGCGGGCGGAACCAGGCUUCGUGACCACGACGGCCUCGGCGGAGAGGAGCAGGCGUCUGCGGAAAGCGAGGAGAACUUCCCCACGGAAAACCCGUUAGCCAGCCCCUGCUGGGAUCACCCGCAGGACAAGUCGGAGGCCUGCAGCAGGUGCAGGCAGCACUCGGCGCCCAGGGGCAGCCCGGCAAGCCAGCAGCAGAGCCAGGGCAGGGGCAAGUCCUACAUUUGCAGCGACUGUGGGAAAAGCUUCGUUUGCCAUUCGUGGCUCGUUAGACACCAGAUGACUCACACGGGGGAGAGGCCCUACAAGUGCUCCGAGUGUGACAAAAGCUACAGGAGAAAGGAUUACCUUCUAAACCACCAGCGCCGGCACUCGGGAGAGGGUCUCUUCCAGUGCCCCCUCUGCAGGAAAAGGUUUGUGCUCAGGAGGAGUUUCAUGAAGCAUCAGGAAAGUCACAUGCAAGAAACACAUCUGACGUUGGCAGGUUGGCCCUGCACAGAGAUCAGGGGGUCUGUAAUGCACUCCAUAUAG